AUGAAGCUCCUCGACCUUCCGGCGGAACUGAUCGACGAGAUCAUCGCGCAUCUUGUGAUCUCCGUCGGCAUCAGGAAAGCGGUUCUUUAUAGAUCCGUAUGUCGAUCAUUCAACUCGGCUCUACUACAUGCUAUUUGUAUUGCUCAAGUUGUCGAUGUUUAUCAUCCAUUCACUCCGGGACUGUCUGCGAAGAUGCAUUCUGGUCUCCUGAGUAAGAUUCUCGCGCGAAAGGCGAUGACACCUGAGAGACAUCGAAGAUCAUUUCUCGCUGCUAUUGCAAAUAUAGUCGCUGAACUCCGAAGUCUUGCCAUCGGACUAGCUAUUGAUAUAACAGAUGACCGCUGGUUCGAACACGUGGCUGAGGUAGUCGCAAAUGAGGGAAAUAGCCAGCCAUUCCCCGACGCUUGGAGCAAUCCUGACGCUUGGAGCGAUGAAUCACGAUUAAAAAAUCUGCUCUCCGGUGUCGCCAUUCUAAGAAUCGAGGAACUGUUCAUGAAGCUAUCCGACAAGUUCGAGGGCCUCAGCUUAAUCGUGAACAAUGGUUCACACUUCUUCCGUGAACCUUUGACGAUUGCAGCUGCUCGGGGGCAUGUUGGCAUCGUUCGACGUCUUCUCGCUCUGGGGGCUAGCCUCGAGUUGGAUGCCUGUGAGGUUGAUGAAGUGCGUUCCUCCCAAUUCUGGCGCUCUCGUGGGCACGAUGACGCACAGGCGGAAUUUGGCCUCCAAGAUGGUAGCAUGCAGAGCAUAGCGAUCGGCAGCAGAUCGGCACGGACUGCUCUAGAAUCUGCAGCCCGUGGUGGGCAUCGAGAGAUGUUGGAGUUAUUAUUAGACCCCGCCUACCGAAUACCCAUCACCAGCAUUGAGUACUACCGCGCCAUCGUGGCAGCUGCUGAAAUCGGUAGACCAGAUCUAAUGGACAUUCUGUUCUCUACAAUCGGGAAAUCUUUGGGAGUUUCCACGGCCUUGGACUCAUACAUCAUAUGUGCCGCAGUUCGAGGAGGCCAUCUCCUCCUCGUAGAAUCGCUCAUCGAAGCUGGCGUCGACAUCAACGGAGUCGACCACGUGGAUGGGUGGGAUAAUGGACGUCCAUCAGGCACAGUCUCGCAAGCCGCAGCCAAGGGAAACAUCCCCAUGUUAAGAUUUCUCUUGGAGAGAGGAGCACUCGCAAAAUACGACGAAAAUUACGGAGAAGAACCGCAGCCCCUGAGUCUGGCUGCCGAACACGGCCAGAUGGAAGCCAUUCACGUCCUCCUUGAUUUCGGAGUGGACCCGAGACGGGCAAUGUGUAAAUGCAUGCAGAGUAGGCGUCCCUCUCUAGUCAAAGGGUUGAUGGAACGAUACCCUGGCAUGAUCCAGAAGGAAGAUUGGUGGUUCGGCCGAUCCGCGCUCGUUCAUGCCAUUGACGGAUCCACAAAGCUGGAUUAUAUCGACUUCCUGUUGGCAGCAGGGGUACCAUUGAAUGCCGGAUAUGACAAUCCUUCCUGUAUACCGAUGAACUUGGCCAAAGAUACCCCUUCUGUUCUCUUGUCUACCAUAGAUUAUCUCAUUGCGCGUGGCGCUGAGCCGACCGAGGGAGAAAUGAGACCGCGAGAGACUUCUCUGGAUAGAUAUGGGGUCCUCAUCUCGGAGGAGUCUCGUCAGUGGACACAGCUUUGCUGA